AUGUCCAGGGGAUCGGAACUUUUGAGUGACGUUUCCCAGGCAAGGGUUAGCAGCAAUCUCUCCGUGAUUAAAAGUUACAGUGGAUUCUUCACCGUGAACAAGGAGUAUAAUUCGAACCUAUUUUUUUGGUUUUUUCCGGCUGCCUUUGAGCCAGACAAAGCCCCAGUGAUCCUCUGGCUGAAUGGAGGACCUGGAACAUCCUCACUUUUCGGACUCUUUGUGGAAAAUGGACCAUUUAAAAUUAACCUACAAGGUUUCUUGGAACAACGGCAGUAUGCUUGGACCAUGACGCAUAGCUUGUUAUACAUUGAUAAUCCAGUCGGGACAGGAUUCAGUUUUACAGACGAUGCUCGAGGAUACUCAAAAAACCAGGUUGACAUCGGUACUAACUUAUUUCAAGGAAUACAACAGUUUUUUCGUGCAUUUCCUGAAUAUGCAGAGAGAGAUUUUUACAUAGCUGGAGAAUCGUAUGCUGGAAAAUAUGUGCCCUCAGUCUGUCUAAAAAUUCACCUCGAAAACCGGAAAAAGGGUAGAAACCACAUAAAAAUUAAUUUAAAGGGGAUGAUGAUCGGGUCAGGAUUUUUCGAUCCACUCACUCAAAACGAGUACGGCGAGUAUCUUUAUCACAUGGGGCUUAUCGACGACAACCAAAAGGUCACAUUUCUCGAAAAAGAGGCACAGAUUAGGGAUUUAAUUGAGGGCGAAGAAUGGGCCGAUGCCACUCGAGCUGUUGAGCGACUAAUUGUUGGAGACCCUGAAACGUCCACCUCGCUUUUCCAAAACAUGACUGGCUAUUCGGAAUAUUUGAAUAUGCUGCAUUCAUCUACACCACGUGAGUUUCGAACCUACGUCCCCUACCUGAAUAAGCCGAGUAUUCGACAAUACAUCCAUGUCGGAAAUCAACCUUAUACUCGCAGCUUUAGUCCAGAAGUUCUAGAAAAUAUGGUGGAAGACAUCAGCAAAUCUGUAAAGCCUUGGGUUGAACGUUUAUUAAAGGAAAAUUACCGAGUCCUUAUCUACGCGUCUCAAUUAGACCUCGUUGUUCCACACACCGGGGUCCAGAAAUUUAUUUCCAAUCUGGACUGGCCUGGAUCCAACCAGUUUUCCAGAACUCCUCGACGACCUUGGAAGGUCAAUGGGGAAAUUGCAGGGUAUACUAAAUUCGCCAGGAACUUGGCGUAUGUUCUGGUUCGAAAUGCGGGUCAUGUUGCUCCCUAUGAUCAACCUUUGUGGAUGUAUGAAAUGAUAAACCGGUUCACGAGAGGUUCACCAUUCUGAACAAGAAUCCUAUUAAAAUCGAUAUUUAUACAAUAAAAAA